AUGAAACACUCUUCCAAGGUAAAAACAGGAUUGAACUUUCACCUACGACAAUCUCAAAAUGAACACACACACUCUAACCCCAAUGUUCAAUUUAUAAUAGCGGCAGAAUUUGAUAACAAAUCUGGGCCGAUAAUAAAGCAUCAAUAUCCAAAGACAAUCCCUGGUUUUAAAACUAUUGGGAGUGAUUCCACUUGUUCUCAUUUGGCCAGUUUGAUGAUACCGAAUAGUGUGGAGAACCAUCCAGGUAAACCAGAUUUCACUGUUUUUGUCUUAUACAAGAAUCAAAACGUUUACCAGUUGUUUCCUGUAUCCAAAAAUAAGACUAAAGGUACUGACUUGGAUUCCUCACUGAUAAUUGAAGAGGAAGACUUUGAAGAAGAACAAGAAAAUGGACUGCGAAGUGGUAAGAUUGGAUCAAUUAGAGAUGAUAGGCAUUUAGAGGAAACUGAGCCACCAUUAUUUUUCUUAAGUGUCGUGAACACGUUUUUAGAUAAUUCAAAUGAUCGCGGUGCUUAUAUAAAAGCCAUUGCACUGGGUACUACUAUGACAAACUUUUACACAUUUAAACCAUUGUUAACAAUGGUGCUUGAUCACUACAUGACAUCGAAUAACAACGAUAUUAAAAUACUUAUAGACUGUUUUGACAUGAUUAACAGUCUUGAUCUCUCUUUGGUCAUAAGAUUCCAUUCCAAUGUUGUACUACAAAAUAUUCUAAACUCUAUCAAUGACGAAGAAAUUACAUCCAAAAUAUUUGAUGCAAACGAAAACUCUUUGCCCAAUAUACUUAGGGUUAAUGAGCUGCCCAAAAAAGACAAGUUCGGAAAUGAGAUUCAAUUUAAAAACAGGAUUCUUGAAUAUAAGUUCUCUACUUUCCGUCCCAAAGUUCUACCUGCUUAUUUUACGAGGAUUCCUUUGCAAAUUGAUCUAAUAAAAUAUGAUGCCAUAAAAAUAGAUACGAAUUAUAAUAAUUCAAUUUUGAAAUUACUUGCGAGAUUAAUUCCUCUCUUAACUGAAAUUCCCGAUUCCACAUAUUCUUGGAGAUUAAUUAUUAACUCCACAGAGCGUUCCAAGGAUGAAUUAUGCCAAUUUGUACUCGCCCUAUCCAAUCUCAUAAACGGGUUUUCUUCGGAGUAUUUUGAUAAUUCCUCUAUUUGCAUUUUUCCAUACAUGGAAAUAUCAAUAAUCGAUAUGUUCAGAGAAAACUUCACGGAGGAGUUCACGAAAGGGAAUUUUUUCAGUGUAGUAGGUGUAUCAAACCCUAUUUUCCAAUACCAAGUUGAUGCAUGGGACUUUUACUAUGACUUGGAUAGUGACUCCUUACUUAACUCGAAGGCGCUACCAUCAGAAGAAGAAAAUGCAGAGAAAAAUCUGGGGAUUAGAUCAAUGUUUAACAAAUAUACCACCUCUCAGGUGCAUCCACUUCCAGCAACUAAACAGCCGACCCCUAAAAGUGGUUUAAUGUUGAAAGUCAUAAACCUUCUUGUCAAAGGACAGCACGACAACGAAACUGUACUAAAUACCUUCAAGCGUGCGAGUAUCCUUCAAUUACUCCAUCUAAUAGACGGUGACGGUGAUAAAGCUAAUGGAGUGGAAAUGGUGUUGAAGGACCAGUAUAUUUUGAAUUAUAAAGAUCUAAUACUCUUUCCUGAUAUUUUCGAAUACAACUCCCUGAAAGUUCUCAAUCUUAUACACAACUUGGAAACUGAUAUGUCGAGAUUGUUUUGGCCUACUUCAAACUACACUUACCAAACAAGAAAACGUUUGCUUCAGGAUUUGUACAAACAUUUGAAAGAACUCCACAAAUUCAUUUCAAUGAACAAGAAGAAUCUAGGAAAGUUCCUCAAUAUUGCGAUGAACUACCCCUUGGUUUCUGCUUUUGAUGGCCUUGAUAUAAUGGGCGCUAAUCUGCGAGACGUUGAUCUCGAGAAGUUGUUAUCUCAUGAACGGUCAAAUAUGAAGUCAAUCGACUCUCUUUGCGAUGUACAUCUUCCUGGGAACACUAUUGAUCAUUUCAACACGUAUAAAUCGUUUAAUCUCAUUUUGUUCCCGUUAUUUUUGAAUCCUCACAGAGAAGAAGAUGAUACCAACUAUAUCACCGAAAUUGGGCCACCAUUGGUUUCAACACGCCCGUCAACUGGCAAAUACUAUAAUUAUCAAUCAGAUUCAAGCCUUUCUAUGAUAUCAAGUAUCUAUGAGACUAAUGACUUGAUGAGUCACGAAUACAACUAUGAGGGUACACUUCAUGAUGAUACCAUGACAAUAUUUACUGCAAAAUCAGGCGUCGCUGAUUUAUCCAGUCUUAUAAAUAAGUGUAGACAAAUGUCUAUCAAAGUGCUGUACCGGAUUCAACGACAUCACAUAGGAAGGCUUUUGUUCAAUUUAAAGUUAAAUCCACUUUUCAAAGUUACUUACCAGACAACGAAAUUGGAACUUUUCAACAACUCUGAUAUCAAACUACCUUCAUCACCAGCAUUGGCUCAUAUGAGCAGCUCUUCAAUGUCUGAACCGGUGAAACCAAAAUGUAAGUUUAAAAAACCAUCAACAAUUUCCCACGGUGAAAAAAGUUCUUUAAAACUAUCUGUGAGUAGAAGAGAGCUUUUGAAGGAUUUAAACUUAUUAAAUGUUAAUAAUGACACUAGCUCCCCAAAGAUCCAUGACGAAAAGUCUACUCCUCAACAUUUACUAGAGAGUUUAGCGAAGUUUGAUAUUUCCUCUAAACAAUUUAGCAACAUAUAA